AGGAUCUUCGCACAAAUGGUGGGAGGUGCAGAGGUCUACAGAGAAGGUGACAUAAUGGACACCCCAGGAGGGACUUCUUGGCACUGUGGGAAGAAACUUGAAGAAUCCCAUAGAAGCAAGUUCCUCAGGAACGGUGAGCUCCUCAGGAGUGGUGGGGCUUCUCUGCCUCUGGACUGUGAAUCCCCUUGCCUUGUUGGGCCUCCACUGGUGGAGCAACCAGUGUUCCAGAGCUGCCUUCUUCCUACAAAGGACAGCUGUAGGGCACUCACUCAGGUGUGAGCCCAGGAAUGGAAUAGGUGUGGGACAAAAGAAAGAAAGGACACAAAUAAAGUAGGAAUGAAUAUCCCAGACCUUAGGGUUUGUCCCUGAGCUGGCAGGGGUUUCUGUCCCAGGAUCUGGUUGGGUCCAUGAAGUCUGACCUGCAAGUCACUUUUCUAUGGGGAGUGACCAGUGGCCCUUUCCAUUGCUGCUCUACAGGGUGGUUUCUGGGCUUUGGAGGCUGGGGAACCCCUAUUUGAACCAUAGGAGCUUAAUAUGGAGGCAAAGACAGAUCGACUGAUAGGCCUCGGCGGAGGCCAGUCUUCCCUGGCCAAGACCCCUGGGUGGGGGCAGUAGCGAUAGCUCCGGAUUUGCUAUGUCUUCUUUCCUGAGGCCCCGGUCUAUUCCACUUCUCCAUGUGCUUUGACUUUCUCAGGGCCUCUAAGCCCGGGCCCAGCCAGAGAGCUGGUGGAUCCACUCACCUGCUUUUGCUUCCGCAUCGCAUCCCCAUUAUUCCCGGUUGCAGAAAUUCCGCCAGGCCAGGUCCUUCCAAGUCUUGAGUUCCCCCAGGCCCCUCGCGCCACUCUAAUAACUUCCAGCCGCCGGAACCUCUUCAAGAGGGUUCUGCAGGGGUGGGGCGCGGACGAGGGGGCUAGGUCAGGAGACCAAGAUCCUUUUUAGGAGGGAUCAGAGAUCCUAGAACGGUCAGGUCUGAUCUCCCUCCUCGGAAUUCUGCAAAUCCCAUCCGUUGGGGCAAGGGGAAGCAAUUUAUUGCCGACUAGUUUAUGAGCCAGAGCAGCGGCUAGGCGGGGAGUCGAUGGUACACAGAAUCUGCGGGCCGUCCAGGAAGGGUCCAGUCAGAGCGUGUACGGGGCCAUGCCCUGCCGCGCGGAGCAGCUCGGCGGCCGGGUAUGGCAGGUUGUUCCUGGUCUGCUCUCCGCGCCUCCCCACCCUGUUAGAAAUACAGCUGCGGGGACAUCUACCAGCUCCAGACCCACCGCGGCCCCGGGAUGGGGGUUGGGGGCGCAGGAGGAGGGGCACAAGGGGCUUGGGCCCAGCGCGGGGGGCGGGUCCGAAGCUGGGGGCCCAGAUAGGGAGCCGCGGUCUGGGGCCCAGGCAGCUGCUGCGCCCAGCGCAGCCGGCGGCGGGACCGCCACAGCCCCGUCGGCCAUGAACUCGGGACCAGAGCCCCGGACACCCCGGACAUUAUUCAGCAUCGCCGACAUCCUAGGCCCGCGCCUGAUCCCCCGAGGACCCUCUACGUCCCAGCUUCCAGAGUCGAGUCCUGGUCCCACGUCGCCUCUGUGCGCGCUGGAGGAGCUGACUAGUAAAACUUUCCGCGGAUUUGACUGGCACGCUCCGGAGCCCUCUGAAGGCCGCGCCGCCCCGAGUGCUCUGGGCCCUGGCCAGGCUGGCCGCAGACGGCGAAAGUCACGCACGGCGUUCACUGCGCAGCAGGUGCUGGAGCUGGAGCGACGCUUCGUCUUCCAGAAGUACCUGGCGCCUUCCGAGCGCGACCGGCUGGCGGCGAGGCUCGGCUUGGCCAACGCACAGGUUGUCACGUGGUUCCAGAACCGGCGAGCCAAGCUCAAGCGCGACGUGGAGGAGAUGCGCGCCGACGUGGCCUCGUUGCGCACGCUGUCCCCCGAAGUUCAGUGCCGCCUCUCGCUGCCCGACGGCACCCCACGCCCCGUCCCUGGCCGGCCUGACUCCGGGCCCCACCUGUCAGAAGAGGAGAUAAAGGUGGACUAAUGAAGGCAAAGCCGCCGCCGCCCUGGGCACCUGGAUCCCCGACUCCUUGCCUCCGUGCUCCGCGCCCUGUCUGGGUACUAGGGUGGAGGGAGGGUGUGGAUCUGGCCUCCUCUGGCUCACAGUCCAGACACUCACUUUUCCCAAUUGUUGAGAAUAAAAUGGAGA